AUGGUACAGUCCCAUGUAGAAAUUCCGAGAAUUGAGCGGCGCAGUUUCUUAGAACUGAAUUCGCAGAAGUGGAGUGGCUCGGAUUUUCGAGGAAACUUUUUUACAAGUUUUCACAGCGUGGCCAUGACUGCAAAUGGGUGCGUUCAAUUUACGCGCCACGCAGGCGACGUCCUGCUCAAUUUCAACCGCCUCCGCAUUCGGAAUAUCCUGACGGACGUUACUAUUCAAGUGAACGGACAGAAUUUCUACACUCACAAAACCAUCCUGGUGGCAUGCAGCGGCUUCUUUUAUUCCGUCUUCAUGGACCCAGAGAACGCGAACCUCAACGGCAUCAAUUUGGACCCCAAAAUAGACCCGAAGAGUUUCUCCAACCUCUUGGACUUCAUGUACACAUCUUAUCUGAACCUGACCGACAGCAUGCUGGUAGGCACCAUGAACGCCGCCCUGUACCUUCAGAUGGAACACGUGGCUGACACCUGCCACAGGUUUAUCAAGUCCAGACCGUCUUUCAAUGUGCACGUUGACGAGGUGCAGAGUGGCACGUUACCUUUGGCUGAUCAGCUCCCUAAUUUGAGAAGCAUCGACCUGAAAGAGCUGGACGUCAAAAACCGCUACACAGCGUCCUUGCCCCCUUUUCAGGAGUGCAGGGGUUACAAUGUGUUCAGGGGCAUUAACACCUCCGGGUCCUAUUAUGUGUAUGGUGAGAAGCCUGAAGCUUCGUCUAUCAGCACCCCGCCCAGAGGAUUGUGUUUGUCCCACAACCAAGUCCCCAGCGCCUGUGUGCCUCACAAAGAGUCCCCCGCCAUCAUCACGUACCCCACUAUUAUCCGACCCUCACCCGCCACACACAACGAGGAAGAUGGCGUCGGGCGCCCUCCCGCUAACUGCCGCGGGUUGUCUCCGGGUUUCGGGAAAGGUGUGAUCUGCAGCCCUCAAAGUCCCCUCAGAUCUGACUGCCAUCCCAACUCGCCCACCGAGUCCAGCAGCAGCAGAAACGCCAGCUUGAGCCUCAAACAGACCCCGGACUCUAACAAAGAAGCCAAGGUGCGGAACUGGAAGAAGUACAAAUUCAUCGUCAUGAACCAAACCCCUCUGAAUGAGGAAGCGGAUGCUCAGAGAGGCGAUGGAUCUCUUUCGCCUAGUCCCUGCAGGGGUGCUCAAACUGAAGAAGCAGCCAGUGAACACAGUGACGACAUCCCCAUGACCGACAUCAGCCACCGCAAAUGCUCCUCCUGUGGCGGUGACAGCCCUCAGCAGGACGAGGCCGCCAACGCCUUACCCGACUCUUGCUGUAGAGACUCAAAGUUCUCCCCUUCCAGAUGUGAAAUGUCUCUCUUCGACUCCAAAUUCGGAGGGGAAGACUCCCCCAAAGAGCACGCGGUGCAGCUCCACAGAAAGAAGCAAUACAAGUGUGACUGCUGCCAAGCCGCUUUCCGCUACAAGGGCAACCUGGCCAGCCACAAGACCGUUCACACAGGCGCAAAGCCGUACUGCUGCAACAUCUGCGGUGCUCAGUUCAACCGGCCCGCUAAUCUGAAGACACACACUCGCAUCCACUCUGGGGAGAAGCCGUACAAGUGUGAGACGUGCGGCUCCAGAUUUGUCCAGGUGGCCCACCUGCGUGCCCACGUGUUAAUCCACACAGGAGAAAAGCCAUACCCUUGUGAAAUCUGUGGCACGCACUUCCGCCACUUACAGACGCUCAAGAGCCACAUGCGCAUUCAUACCGGAGAGAAGCCUUAUCAUUGUGAAAAGUGUGAUCUCCACUUCAGACAUAAGAGUCAGCUGAGGCUUCAUCUGCGACAGAAACAUGGCGCCAUCACUAACACCAAGGCGCAUUAUCGGCCCAGCAGCUGAGGCCACUGCAGUAUUUUUUUUUUUACCAGCCGCCACAUUGUCAAAAAAAUACUUCAAAUCCAAAGAACGAUAUUUUGUGUAUAUUUUACUAUUUGACUAUUUCAGAGUUUAUUCUGAACCACCUCAAAACAACUGAAUGUACAAUUUGAAUGUGAAUUUGAGCAGAUACAGUACAGGCCAAAGGUUUGGACACACCUUCUUAUUCAAUGGGUUUUCUUUAUUUUCAUGACUAUUUACAUUGUCACUGAAGGCAUCAAAACUACCGUAUUUUUCGGAGUAUAAGUCGCACCGGAGUAUAAGUCGCACCUGCCGAAAAUGCAUAAUAAAGAAGGAAAAAAACAUAUAUAAGUCGCAUUUUUUGCGGAAAUGUAUUUGAUAAAAGCCAACACCAAGAAUAGACAUUUGAAAGGCAAUUUAAAAUGUCUAAAGAAUAGUGAACAACAGGCUGAAUAAGUGUACGUUAUAUGAGGCAUAAAUAACCAACUGGUAUGUUAACGUAACAUAUUAUGGUAAGAGUCAUUCAAAUAACUAUAACAUAUAGAACAUGCUAUACGUUUACCAAACAAUCUGUCACUCCUAAUCGCUGAAUCCCAUGAAAUCUUAUACGUCUAGUCUCUUACCUGAAUGACAUCAAUAAUAUUAUUUGAUAUUUUACGGUAAUGUGUUCAUCAUUUCACACAUAAGUCGCACCCCCGGCCAAACUAUGAAAAAAACUGUGACUUAUAGUCCAAAAAAUACGGUAUAUAUAAUAUAUAUAUGAAAUCUUAUACGUCUAGUCCAGUGGUUCUUAACCUUGUUGGAGGUACCGAACCCCAUUAGUUUCAUAUGCGCAUUCACCCAACCCUUCUUUAGUGAAAAAUAAAAUGUUUUUUUUCCAAAUUCAAGGCAAAGUUAUAUGUUUUUGGUAAAAACUUUAGUAUGGGGAACAUAUUCUAAGUAACAAAGACUUAAUUUAGAGUUAUUUGGUUAGGGUUAGGGUUAGGGUUAGAUGAUUAGGGUUAUAAUAAGGCCAUGCCGAAUAAGGCUUUAAUAAGUACUUAAUAAUGACUAGUUAAGAGCCAAUAUGUUACUAAUUUGCGUGUUAAUAAGCUACUAAUUAAUGGUGAAUAUGUUCCCCAUACCAAAGUGUUACCAUGUUUUUUUUACUGGUGAACAUCACCUUGUUCAAACAACAAAACCAACACAGUGCAUAAACUCACAACAAAUGACACACCUGCAAACCAGUCAGCUGUUGCCGUAUCCGUAAUACGCCGAUAGGGAGAAGUUUUUAUUUACACGAUGAGUCGGGUGUGUUUUGACCUCCGCCGAACCCCUGAGGCCGACUCACCAAACCCCUAGGGUUCCAUCCAACCCAGGUUAAGAACCACUGGUCUAGUCUCUUACGUGAAUGAGCUAAAUAAUAUUAUUUGAUAUUUUACAGUAAUGUGUUAAUAAUUUCACACAUAAGUCGCUCCUGAGUAUAAGUCGCACCCCCGGCCAAACUAUGAAAAAAAACUGUGACUUAUAGUCUGAAAAAUACGGUACAAACAUUUGUGAGAGAAUGGGCCGCUCUCAGGAGCUCAGUGAUUUCCAGCGUGGAACUGUCCUAGGAUGCCACCUGUGCAACUAAUCCAGUCGUGAAAUUUCCUCGCUCCUAAAUAUUCCAAAGUCAACAAAAUGGAAGCGUUUGGGAACAACAGCAACUCAGCCAGGAAGUGGUAGGCCAGGUAAACUGACAGAGAGGUCAGCGGAUGCUGAAGCACAUAGUGCAAAGACUUUCUGCACGGUCAGUUGCUACAGAGCUCCAAACUUCACGUGACCUUCCAAUUAGCCCACGUACAGUACGCAGAGAGCUUCAUGGAAAUGGUUUUCCAUGGCAGAGCAGCUGCAUCUAAGCCAUACAUCACCAAGUCCAAUGCAAAGCGUGGGAUGCAGUGGUGUAAAGCACAUCGCCACUGGUGAUGAAUCACGUUUUCCCAUCUGGCAAUGUGAUGGACCAGUCUGGGUUUGGAGGUUGCCAGGAGAAUGCUACAUUUCGGACUGCAUUGUGCCGAGUGUGAAAUUUGGUGGAGGAGGAAUUAUGGUGCUGGGUUGUUUUUUAGGAGUUGGGCUUGGCCCCUUAGUUCCAGUCAAAGGAACUUUGAAUGCUCCAGGAUACCAAAACAUUUUGGACAAUUCCAUGCUCCCAACCUUGUGGGAACAGUUUGGAGCGGGCCCCUUCCUCUUCCAACAUGACUGUGCACCAGUGCACAAAGCAAGGUCCAUAAAGUCUGGUGUGGAUGAACUUGACUGGCCUGCACAGAGUCCUGACCUGAACCCGAUAGAACACCUUUGGGAUGAAUUAGAACGGAGACUGAGAGCCAGGCCUUCUCCACCAACAUCAGUGUGUGACCUCACCAAUGCGCUUUUGGAAGAAUGGUCGAAAAUUCCUAUAAACACACUCCGCAACCUUGUAGACAGCCUUCCCAGAAGAGUUGAAGCUGUAAUAGCUGCAAAAGGUGGACCGACUUCAUAGUGAACCGUAUGGGUUAGGAAUAGGAUGGCACUUCAAGUUCAUAUGUGAGUCAAGGCAGGUGGCCUAAUACUUUUGGGAAUAUUGUGUAUGUACUUAACAAAAAAAGGUGAAAUAAAGGAAAACAUGUUUUAUAUUCUAGAUUCUUCAAAAUAGCCACCCUUUGCUCUGAAUACUACUUUGCACACUCUUGCCAUUCUCUCGUUGAGCUUCAAGCACACCUGAGAAGUGAAAACCAUUUCAGGUGACUACCUCUUGAAGCUCAUGGAGAGAAUGCCAAGAGUGUGCAAAGCAGUAAUCGGAGCAAAGGGUGGCUAUUUUGAAGAAACUAGAAUAUAAAACAUGAUUUUAGUUAAGUACAUAACUCCACAUGUGUCCAUUCAUAGUUUUGAUGCCUUCAGUGACAAUCUACAAUGUAAAUAGUCAUUAAAAUAAAGGAAACUCAUUGAAUGAGAAGGUGUGUCCAAACGUCUGGCCUGUACUGUACGUAUCAAUUGCUGUUACAGUCUUGUCAGUUUCGUCGCAGUAUUGCUACAAGUCAUUGGUACGCCAUCAAGUCUAUUUGUAAAUAUUGUUUCCAGAUUGCCAUCUGCUGGCAGAGCGUGGAUUUAUUAUUAAACAUUGCUUCUCAUGCCCACGUUGAGCUUCACUGAAGGACAGUAGCAAAAGGGUCGUCACUUUUGGUACGGAUUACGUGUACAUAUAAUUCUGCUUUAUAACUAUAGCAUCAUCUUUUGUAUUAUGUCAUAUGCCGUCAUUCGUAUUUUGCACACACACAUAUUGCUGUUCAUCCGUCAUAGUUUUCAAAUAUUUUUUCAAGCGUUGCUAAUAUGUUGAAAUGUUCUCAAAGCAUGUGCUCCCUUCUUGAUGCAUAGUUAAGUCAUUAUUUAUGUUCAAACUCACCCUGAUGGUCACAAUGUUGGUGCUGCCAUGUUGCCCUGAGCUAACUGUAAAGUUAUUCUACCCAGUGCAUUAUUACAGUGCCUUACAUUCAAAUCAAUGUAUUGGUUACAGUGGCUUAAUUUUGGACGCUGUGUACAUGUACGCUCUUCUGUUGUGUAUUCCAUGUUUCACUGUAUGUAGCUCUUAAAAUGCACAGAUGCUCAGGAAUAUUGCUUAUGUCUUUGUAACUGCAGAAUACAUAAUAUAUAUUUAUAUUUAUAAAAUAGAAAUAAAUAUGCGUACCGCAACAA